AUGUACCGGCCCGCGAACUCGUACGCCGCGGGUGAGUCUCGACCUUGCGGCCGCCGCAGAAGGUCGAAAGUUCUAUGGCCAAUUCUGCGAGCAGAACGCCGCCCGCGCUGCACGCCGCAGAUGAAUUUCGAUCUUGCGGCCGCUGCAGAGGGUCGAAAGUUCUAUGUACCGGCCCGCGAACUCGUACGCCGCUUGCGCUGUACGCCGCGGGUGAGUCUCGACCUUGCGGCCGCCGCAGAAGGUCGAAAGUUCUAUGGCCAAUUCUGCGAGCCGAACGCCGCUCGCGCUGCACGCCGCAGG